ACAUUUGGCUCGCCAGCGGGCACCGCGUCAUCUGGCAAGGCAGUGGGCACCGAGUCACCAGGUACGACAGCGGGUCUGAGUCAAUUGGCACGACAGCGGGCACCGGAUCAGGUACGGAUCAUCUGGAUCAACAGCGGGCAUCGAGUCAACUGGCCUAAUAGGAUCAUCAGGCUGGAUCAGUUCAUCAUGCUGGAGAGGCAUCAGGCUGAGUAGAGGCAUCAGGCUGAGUAGAGGCAUCAGGCUGAAUAGAGGCAUCAGGCUGAAUAGAGGCAU